CACUGAAGUCUACCAGACAAGAGAAAAGGCAUGGAGGUAUCGGAGCAACAGAUCAGCUAAGAAUUUCUACGAAGCUAUUCUAGCUACGCGAUCGUCCCCAUAUUCGUCCCCUGCGAUAUCGUAUGCGAUUUCGAUAUUCGAAAAGAACCAAUCUACACCAGAAAACCCGCUUCAUCCAACGGAACAGGGAGGAGUCCCUCGUCUACCUACUGAAACGCCAUCAUGAGCUCCGGUGGAGGAGAUGCAAAGCUGUUCGCUAGGGGUAAAGUCGCGGAGCUGCGACAAGAGCUCCAUAGCGGCGGCAAGAAGGACAAGAACUACUCCGCGAAAAAGAUCGCCCUCAAGAAGAUUGUCGCAAACAUGACUAUGAGCAAUAACGACAUGGUGGCACUGUUUCCGGAUAUUAUCGAUUGUAUGAAUCUGCCAAGCUUGGAAAUCAAGAAGAUGUGCUUUCUUUUCUUGGUGAACUAUUCGCGAAUGAAACCCGACAUUGCCUUGAAGGCACUGCCUAUUCUCGUUAACGAUAUGGAAGAUACAAAUCCGCUUGUGCGAGCGCUGGCAUUACGGACUAUCUCAUACGUCCACGUGCGGGAGUUUGUCGAGGCGACUGUUCAACCUGUCAAGCGUUUAAUGGGUGAUAUGGAUCCCUAUGUCCGCAAGACAUCCGCUUUCUGUGUCGCAAAGCUCUAUGAGCAUGAUAGGAAAAUGGUUGAGAGCUCCGACCUGAUUGACAGGUUGAACCACAUGUUGAAAGACGAAAACCCAACGGUUGUAUCUAGUGUGCUUGCGUCUCUGACAGAUAUCUGGGGUCGGAGUGAGACCAUCUCCCUGACUAUUGACUACACAAGCGCAUCGAAACUGGUCUCGAUCCUGCCUGACUGCUCUGAGUGGGGCCAAACGUACAUCCUUGAAGCCCUAAUGUCAUAUGUCCCUCAGGAUUCGGCGGAGGCACUGUUAUUGGCAGAGCGAGUAGCCCCUCGCCUGUCCCAUUCCAACUCUGCAGUUGUUCUUACUUCCAUCCGUGUUAUUCUGUAUCUCAUGAACUAUAUUGCUGAUGAGAGGCAUGUCACUUCCCUCGCCAAGAAGCUAUCACCUCCUCUUGUCACCCUACUAUCCAAACCACCAGAAGUACAGUACCUGGCGCUUCGAAAUGCCAUUUUGAUACUGCAGAAGAGGCCCGAAGUUUUACGAAACGAUAUUCGGGUUUUCUUCUGCAACUACAACGAUCCAAUCUAUGUCAAAGUGACCAAGCUGGAAUUGAUAUUCAUGUUGACGACGAAGGAAAACAUCUCGGUUGUGUUGGCAGAGCUGAGAGAGUACGCGACUGAAAUCGAUGUUCAUUUCGUCCGUAAAGCUGUACGCGCCAUCGGAAAAUUGGCGAUUAAAAUCGAGUCUGCCGCGAAGGAAUGCAUUGAUACUCUUCUCGAACUGGUCAAUGCUAAAAUCCCAUACAUUGUCCAGGAGGCGACUGUCGUCAUUCGCAACAUUUUCCGCAAGUACCCCAAUCAGUAUGAAAGCAUCAUCAGCCGUAUCAUUCAGAACAUAGAUGAACUGGACGAACCGGAAGCAAAGGCAGCUAUUAUCUGGAUCAUCGGACAGUAUGCAGACCGCAUCGAAAACUCAGACGGGCUUCUACAAGACUACCUAGCCACUUUCCAUGACGAAACGGUUGAGGGCCAACAGUUGGUGCCUCAAGUAUUGAAAUGGUGUACCGAGGAAACAGACGACCCCGACCUCCGAGACAGAGGCUACAUGUACUGGCGUCUCCUAUCGACAGACCCUGCAACCGCACGACAGGUCGUCAUGGGCCAGAAGCCCCCGAUCAGCGCAGAAAGCGAGAAGCUGGACUCUCGAACCCUAGAAGAGCUCUGCCUGAACGUCGGUACUCUCGCAACUGUCUACCUAAAACCAGUCCAGCAAGUCUUCCGCUCCGCACGUACACGGCGACUCCAAUACAGCCCUGCCUUGCAGAAACCCCGCAACGACGACGGAAGCAAUGCCUGGCAAUACCCAGUUAGCCCGUCCUCCGCUGGCCCCGUUACGCCUACCUCAGCGGCAAACGGUGCAGCCCCGGCACCAGGCGACAUGAACGCGGCUGUGAAUGCUGCCGAUUCCUACUUCAACAGCGUCGGUACCCAGCAGAUGGCAGCGCUAGAUCUAGGUGGUCGCGGAGAUGGUAUUGGAGGCGGUGGUGCGCCGCAGACGCAGUAUAUUGUCAGCCAAAAUCAGCAACAGGUGUAUCAGCCCCAGCUGGCUGGUGGAGCGGCUACGGGAGAGUUGUUAUUGUUGUAA